AUGGACGCGGUGCACAACGGGUCACCUCCAGUACAAGCCUACGCCCAGGCAGAAUUCGCAGUCGGACCGUCUACGCCCACGCCCGCACCUGCACCACCACCACCACCACAAGCGGCACCACUAGAGAAGACCACGAAACCGCGCGGCAGGCCCCCUAAAGCCAAAGCCAAAGCCGACGGUAGUAAUGCCGCACCCACACCCACACCCGCACCCGCAAGCGCACCCGCACCGGGCAAGCCAAAGUGGACGUUCGUCAAGCCGCCCGCGAGCGCGCCGCGCAAGGGGAGGGGAAAGGCGUCUGCGAAGCGGGAGGACCGGAGGCCGGAGACGGGGAGGAGGCCGCGGGUGUGGGCGAAUAGCGCGGACGAUCUCAAGGCUGUGCUGCCGGAUCUGUGGAAGUCCAAGACGGGGCUCGAUAAGGACUGUUUUUGGCCGUAUAUGUUGUUUGUGGAGAACGCGUGGCCGGAGGAUGUGUGGAGGGAUAGGGAAAUCGAGGUGUCUUUUGUCUUUGACUUCACGUGUCAUGAGUCCGAUCUGCAGCCUCGGAAGAGCCAGGGGCCGGAUGCACGCGAAGGUCCAGCACGCGACGCAAACGCGUCAUCGGAGGACGUCGACAUGGACGCGUCGCACGUAGCUCGCGAUGACGGUCCCUCACACCCUCUGACAGUUCCCCUCCCGAUUCCGCCUGACAUGGAGGAGUUCGGGUAUCUGCACGUCGACGAGCAGCCGCUGCCCGUGACGAUUAUGGUCGCGCGCGACUGCCCCAUCGUGCCGUUCCAGCUGCCAGAGGACUACCGUUACGCAUGGCUCGGUAUAUUCGUCGUUACUCAGGUCCAGUACGGCCGCUUGGACCAGCCGAAGCCGAAGACAAUCCCCUCGGGCGUCUUUGGACGCACCGUUUGGAAAGUCCGCUUUGCGUGGAUCCCAGGCGGAGAGGAUGUCCUCGCCGAUAACUACGGUAUUAGAGGACUCAAUCACCCGUGGUGGGCGCCUCCCGCCUCCGACUCGAUGGACGUUGAUGGCGACGAAGAAGAGGAAGUGGACCCAUGGGGCUUCAGGCUGGCGUACUACAACUACGUCCCUCUCGAUCUUUUCUCUCCGCUCAAGGGAGGCGAGUUUUACCCCCGUGGGUGGUGGUGUCAGGAAUGCGGGAUGAUCAAUAGCCAAUGGUGGUUCCGCCACCAGCUGUGUAGGAGUGAAAUGUGCACUUCGAAGCCACGCGUGCCACCGCAGGCCCUCAUUGAACCCAUGAGCGCGCUGAGGGACAUGUACCGGGUCGACACGUUCAACAUACCCUACGAUACCAUCCCGACAGGAUCCAAGCGCGAGCCAAAGAAGUUUAAAGACGGCAUGUGGACGUAUACGUACAAGGUCAACCCGGAGGCUUUGGCUGUCCACGUUUUUACGUGCGACCGCGAAUUUCUGCAAAGGGAGGCGGAUCAGCUGCUGGUGGGUAUUCAGGGGGACAUUAUCAUGGAACGCGAGAACCCUACCAGUCCCUACUUCGUAUAUGAAGUUGCGCUCGAUGGCCACGGAUGUUUGAUGGACAAGGACAACAACAGUUCGUUCAGGCUAGCGUUCGACAUGAUAGCCACGUACCUCACCCAGUACUGUGAGGCGCCUGAGGGGAGCUUCAAAGCUCGUAGUCUGGUCGUCCGGUCCUGGGCCACUUCUGGAAGGCGUGGGGCGUUCACGUUCGAUGCCCGCAAGACUCCGUAUUUCAUCCUCUCCAUCGGGUCCACCUUCAAGAUCGAGCUUGCACCGAAACGCGGUUUCGGCUUUGGCCCUACCGCCACGAAGGUGCUAGUGCCUGACAUCACGUCCUCACCAGGAGCGUCCAAGUCUCGAAAGCAACGGAAGAGCAGUCCGACGCCUGCGUUUGAUAUCGACGGGAAUCCUACCGUCGACGACUCGGAGUAUGCCGAGCUCGCUGGUCACGGCGGCUGGCGGCGUCAGCCGGUCGAAGAUGACCUCCAGGAGGAUGUGCCACAGGUUGCUGUGGAAGGUCCGCCCCUUCAACGCGAAGCAUAUCAUCCGACUAUGACUAGUUUCCGAGAAGUUAGCCCGCUGUUCAGCGCUUACGACGACGCUGACGACGUUUUGGACGAGCCGGCGCGCAAGCGACGCAAGGGAAAGGAGAAAGCGAUCAUCGAUUUGCCGGACCAGUCCGAGGAGGACGAUAUCCCGCUACUGCCACCCUUGAGCGACGACAUCCCGGAAGAGCCGGCUCCUUCGCGGUCCAAAGGCAAGGAGAAAGCUGUGGAUCCACCUGAACAGUCAGACGAGGAAGUUAUCCGGCUGCUUUCCUGGGAAGACGAGCCUUACAUCGAACACCGUGCGGCCUUCGACGAGAACGAGCCUGGUCCGAGUAACAGGAUGGGGCGUGUUAUUUGGAGGGAGCCCGUUGACGCAGAACAUGUGGACGAGGAGGAUAGGUCCUUUGAUGCGCCGGAUGAAGAGGACGACCUGAUUCCAUACGUGGGUAAGGGUAAGGGCAGAGCGGUGGACCCUCUUCCGUUUGCUCCAUCUCUACCAGAGCCACGGUGUAUUGAACCGGAACCGGAACCGGCGCCAGAGCCAGAGCAGCCCGCGCAGCCCGUCGAGCCUGUUCGCGGCGAGAAGCCGAACUUGCACCCCGAGCUUAUCGUGACCGAGCUAGCGAUGACUCUGGUUCACGGCGACGGCGUGGUUUUGCGUGGAGAUGAGUUCACGGCCCGGUUUAAUCGUAACGGAACCUCGAUCUUGUUCAUCGCUUCGUUCGAGUUUGUUGCUGCCUUUGUUCCUCCAAGAGAAGUUCGAAGUAGCGGCGUUGACGACGACAGAGUGACUGAGCUCGUCUAA